UUUUAAAUUAAAUCACCAAAUUGCCCCUAUGGGUAAUAGUGGAAUUGCAUGUGUCGUCGUGUUCCCGUGUUUGCGCUGUUCUGUCUGCUCUCCCUGUGUUCAUAGCAAAAAAAUCCCAAGUUUAUAAUUUAUCCUAGCUCACUCUUGGUCCCUUCUGGAUGUUGGUGGCUGAGACAUUUGUGGAAGAGCGUCGGGUUGAGUUAAGAAGUUCCUAUGGCGGAUUUUGAGCUGCCAAGAGAUAAUUAUCUUGAUUCGCUGUAUAAUCAUAAGCGUGAAAACUCUUAUUCAGGCUACAACUCACUUACUGGAUCAAGUAGGAUGGCCAACAGUGACCAGCGCUUCCUCCUUUACUUUAUCACGGGCACCUACUUUGGACCUGAUCUGAAAGAGCAGUGCCCAAAAAAGUCGAUUUUGCAAAGAAGAGCUGAGGGACUUUCAGCAUAUACAUCUGAUGAGUUGGCUGGUUCACACAUGAAAACAGUAGAAAUGGAGCGAAUUUACUAUCAUGCACUUCGGAAGGCAGACGAAUCUCUCUCUGUCGAGUUACCUCUGUUGCACCAUUUCUUCCAUGGUACUUUACCUACCACUCAUAAUGAUCCCUCUGUAGCUUACCCUCAAUUUCCUGAACUCUUUCCACCUGAACUUCAUCCUCAUUCACAGCUCAAAAACAAACACAAAAUCAUUGAAAACAUCAUUUUCAUCAAUGAUCCAGAUACAUCUUACAUUAAACCAGAUGACAUCGACAGGUUUAAAAAGCUAACCGGGCUUCAAAAGCUUCGAUUGGAUCAAAAUGCAGCAAGGUUCCAUAUAUUUGGAGAUGACAAAAGCUUACACAAUGUGUUAGUGCAGAAGGCUGGAUUUGUUGCAGAGUUCCCUCCUGUUGAGCCUUUUCAUAGUUCAUCUCGAGCAAAACAUCCUGCAAGUACCUUGCAAACCGAGAAUGGCUUGUCUCCAUUGCAGCGUGACUCAGCCGUGCCAACCAGAACUGCAGAAAAUGGCUGUCCAGGAAUGCUCUUUCUCCCUUCCUGCCCUAAUAAAGAAGAGUUGGCCAGGAUUGUGGUCUCUGGUAAAAGUGGAUUUGCAGUGACUGGGAGUGCUGCUAUGGGGAAGGUGGGACCCAUAAUUGUCAUGGACAUUGGUGAAUGUGACGAUGCCUAUAUGUUUCGCAUAUCCCUUCCUGGAGUGAAAAGAGACAUGGAGGACUUCAGCUGUGAAGUUGAAAAUGACGGAAAGGUUAUGCUAAAGGGAGUGACAACAACUGGGGAGAAAACUGUCUACAGAUUCUCGCAAGUCUUCAAAAUGCAAUCGAAGAACCUUUGUCCAGCAGGAGAGUUCUCUAUUUCAUUUCGACUGCCCGGUCCUGUUAAUUGUCAACAGUUUUGUGGUAAUUUUGGCACAGAUGGGAUUUUAGAGGGGAUUGUGAUGAAACAGAAAGAUGAUAAGUAGCUCUUUUUUUGCCUUGCUUAUCAAGCAUCAGCUGCUUAUCUAUGUUGGUUUACAAAUGUAUAGUUGCAAAAUCUGAAAUGAUUUCAAUUGAAAUAUAUGAAAUCUUUUAUGUACAA